UUCUUUUGAGCGGAGGGAAACCCGAAAUAUAUCAGCCGUUCCGGGUCCGGGCUGCGCGGGGUAGCUCUUGCCUUGUGGUUUGUUUGUAUUUGUGUUACUUGAAAAAAGUGAUAAUCACACUUAAUAUUAGGUAGGAGGUACCUAGGACUUUACAAGUUAUUAUUGCCUUUCCUUUAAUUUUAAAAAUUUGAGAACAUCGUGCAUGGACAAUUCAACGUCACCCGCAUCUCAUCACCCCCUUGCUACGGACGCGAAAGCCGGUUGUCCUAAUAAUGGAUUGCGUAAAUGAGUCCAGCCUGCAGCAGAAACUCAGGCGAUAUGUAAGUUGGCUUACUGCUUAUCCCACGCCGCGAAUAGGAUUCAGUGCUCACAUUUGGACGUGAGUCUUGGCAUUGUCGUCCUCGACUGAUUGGUGGUGAUCACCUUAUGUGGCGCCCGUGUAACACUCACACGUGGAGAGGGGGGUGAAGGGAGCUGAAGAGGUGAAGGGGAGUAGGUGAAUGGGUAGCCAUUCAGCGUAUGGAUGUCGCUAGACUCGCGGGAGAUAUCUUCCAUCGUUCUACCUCUACGGCUUUCUCCUUAGCUAUUGCGAUGGAAAGAAGGCAUCACCACCGUCACCUUCAUAUCCACAUCGAUCAAUGACAAGAUGGCUGAUAAUCCCCUCGACCUCCCAGCUAUGGACCCUCCCCCAGGAGAGGUGCAGGACCUUAACAACCCACCAAAUAAAAACGAUGUGGUCGUCGCAGUUUAUACGGUGUGUAUUAUAAUUGUCACUGCCUUCGUCGCUAUGCGCCUAUACGCCAAGUUCGUCUUCCUGAAAGCUUCACGAAUCGAGGACUAUCUCCUAGUGCCGACGUUUGGAAUAUUCAUUGCACAUUGUGUAUACUGGAUUAAAAUGAACGGUACGACGGGAAAUUUUGUCCACACAUGGAAUUUUCGCGUUAGGGACCUAGCUCCAUUUUAUGAAAAUGGCUUUUACGGGCUUAUGUUCUACGAGACCGUAAUGAUGACAAUCAAGCCACUCAUUCUGCUUGAAUGGAUUCACAUAUUCAUAUUAGCUGGGCCGCGCACUGCUUUCAAAUGGACAUGCUACAUUCUGGGGACGAUCAACGUCCUCAUGUAUUUUAUCGCCAUAAUGAUCGAUGCUGGGUCCUGCAGACCCCGUGCAUACUGGUGGGACAAGACGAUCGAAGGAGGCACCUGUAUCAACACCAUAAAGCUCCCAAUUGUCACAGGCACUAUCAACGCUAUUAUAGACCUGUUCAUCCUACUGUUACCACAGGGAAUCAUCUGGAGACUUCAGAUGUCAAGCAACAAGAGGAUCGGCGUCUCCCUCGUCUUUGCCGUGGGUGUUAUAUCGGUCGCGGCAGCCAUUACUCGAACAGUUUUGGGGUAUAUAUAUGCCGAAUCGGACGAUGUUGCCUACAAUUUCUCACAAGCUGGCGUCUUUUGUCUCGUUGAAAUGACAGCAGCGAUUCUUGUCUUCACGGCACCGACUGUGCCAAAGCCGACAACCCACCUGGCUAAGCAAGCUACCAGCUCGAUAGACCGGCUUCUUAGGUCUAAUCGUAGCGGUUCAUUCGCGACCGGGAGCGUGGGUUCGAAGUCCAAUAUCUACCAACAUAUCGAUGAGCACGGUAAUGAGGUGCAUCUUGUGAAGUUGAGAUCCGCGAAGAGUAAAGCCUCCAUUACGACUGGGCCGAAGAGUUCACAGGGUGAGGUAUAAGAAGCUCUCUGAGACUUGGGUACCUAGUAUUACCUAUACCAGCAACAGGACUGACGCCCGGUUCGUUUGACUUCAUAAUACCCGCUCCCUAGAAACCAACCGACAUAUAACAUAGAGUUCCCUUUCAAGAACAUGCUCCCUUUUUUUCUAUUUUUUUUCUCUCCCAGCUGCAAUGGAUUAAAGGGGUUAGUUCGUGGUAGACGCUCUCUCAAUAAGGGUCAAGCAUUCAUUGAAUUAGCUUAACGGAACAUAUAAACCAAUGCUGCAUUAUCUCGGAUUUUAUAGCUGGAAUUGGUAUGCUAAAAAUCCGAGAAGUCAUCGAUACAGGUCAAGUUCUGAACGAAAAUCUGUUUGACAUCUA